GUUGCUACUACGCUCCCGUAUACCUUUGUGAUCCCAUACGUUCGAUUUACUAUAAAUACGUAAUGCAUACAUAGAGGCUAAAGCCAUGAUUAAGCCAAACAAACAAACAAACAAACAAACAAAAAAGAGAGUUUGAAAUUCAUCAAUUAGCAGAAGAGAAGAAGAGUGAAAAUGAUGAAGAUCAGAAUUGCAUUAUUAUUGCUUUGCUUCUGCAUGGUUGCCAUGGCCAUGACGUCCCCAUUACCCGAUGAUGAUCAGAGCCCGGAAGCAGUUGAAAGAUGGUUCCGAUACGUCCGGCCAUUCGCCAAGCCCAAGUUGACCAAGCUGAAGUUCUACUACCACGAGAACCGGGUGGCUGCCACCCCGACGGCCGUAGAAGUAGCCCGGGCUAACUUGACCGCCACUUCUCGGACCGGUUUCGGCUCAACCUACGUCAUCGAUGACCCGUUGACCGUCAGCCCGGAUCCCAACUCUCAGGUCAUCGGCCGAGCUCAAGGGAUUUAUGCUUCCGCGAGUCAAGAGGAUUUUGCAUUCAUCUUGCAGUUUAAUGUGGUGUUUACUGCCGGAGAAUUCAAAGGCAGCACCCUCAGCGUUAUGGCUCGGGACCCCAUUACGAAUACCUACCGGGAACCGUCGAUCGUCGGCGGGUCUGGAGCUUUCCGGCUGGCCCGUGGAGUCAUUUCGACCCAUACUUAUUCACUUGACCCGGCUACGCUGAAUGUGGUUGUGGAGUACAACGUUUUCGUCGAGCACUACUGAAGUGUUCGAGUUACUUUAUAAGCCAUGCAUUUCUAAGGUUAAUGAUAUCAACAUUCAGGCUGUACAUUUUUUGUACCGCUAAUAAUGUCAUGUUCCUAUAAUUUAUUUUGACUUUUCUAAGCUUGUGUUUCGUCAAUAUUUGACGCAUUAUGCCAGCAGAAUUUGAAUAAUAACACUUUGGACUACUUCUCUUUGAAGGCACUGUCAAAAAAGAUAAUUAAUCAAUUUAAGGGUACUAUUGUUUCAUUUUCACAAAUCAUUUACCA